CAGGCACCCGACAACCCCAAAAACCAUUUAAGAAAAUGAAGAGAACAAAGAAUAAUUCUACUCAAGGAAAACAGGAAAUCAUUCCAGUUAUCACAAAUCCUUUUGCUUCUGGGUAUAUAAAACAAACAAAUCAGGAACUCUCUUAUUCAACCUGAAGGGUAUUGAUCAAAAGUUUCAAAAACAAAGGAGAGAAACCAAAGGCUAAUAAGACAUGGAUUCGAAGCCAGGAGAUAUUGACGUACACACUGAAUGGGUGCAUGAGGCUGUACAUGACACUUUGAUUGCAUAUCUACCAGGAUUUAGGAAGGAGCAACUCAAAGUUCAAGUAACCUCAACGGGAAACUUAAGGAUAUCUGGACAACGUCCGAUUGGCGACAACAAAUUCAACCGUUUCAACAAGGAAAUUCCUAUUCCAUCAAAUUGUGACCAAGAUAAUGUAAGAGCAAAUUUCGCGAAUGGUAUGCUCCAUGUUAAACUACCCAAACUGAUCGUCCCAGCUGAGAAGCAGGAAGAAGCAAAACCAGCCGCAGAAGUUCUGAAAUCUGAUCAAAAGCCUGCUCCACAGCCUCAAAGUCCUGCACAUGUGCCACAGAAACAAAAGAACGGUUCAGAACAGGCUGUUGAUCAACAAGCUCCUCCCAAGGCCCCCAUGGAAAAACAAUCAGGUGAUCAGAAGAAAGAUGGGGUAGCAAAGGAGGCUGACAAUGUUUCACAGAAGGCACCAGAUAAAGAAAAGGGAAUGAAAGAUGAAAAGUAUACUGCUAAAGAAGACGCUCAAAAGGCUAUGGAGAAGGAGGAAAAAGGUUCGGACCAAGAGGAAAAAGCUACAAGCAGUGAAAAACUUGAAACGCUGGGUGAUUCUGUCCAGGACGCUGCAGGAAAAGAGAACAUAGAGCCUAAAAAAUGCGAUGGGGUUGACAUAUACCAGCUAGGGAUUAAUUAUAAGCAAGUUCUUGAUGGUUUGGUCAAGGGGCUAAAGAGCCCAAGGAAGAUGAUGAACAUGGUUCUGGCUGUUUUAUUGGUUGUGGUACUUGCAGUUUAUCUCAUAAACGCGAUCAGGUCGCUUGGGAAUUACUAGGCCUAAUUAGCUUGCGGGAAGUUCAUCCUGGAUGUAAUUUCUAAAGUUAUCACUUCUAUUUAAGAAUCCAUUGAGUAAUA